AUGCUGUUUGUAGACAAAUACUCCCCGAAAACGAUUGAAGACGUCCUGGGAAAUCAGGAUGUAAUUCAGGUAAUAAAAGACAUAAAGGAUGAUUUUCCACACCUACUCUUCACAGGCCCUCCUGGAACAGGUAAAACAACACUUGCACAUCUUAUGAGACCGAGCUUUGAAACUCUUGAAUUGAAUGCCUCCGACGAGAGAGGAAUAGACACUAUUAGAACGACCUUGAAGAGCUUUUGCCACAAAAAUGUCCCAAAAAAACUUGUAAUUCUCGACGAAUGCGACCAUCUCACAGCGCAAGCCCAGCAAGCCCUAAGAAGAUUGAUGGAGAUAACAGACACCAAGUUUAUUUUGAUAUGCAACCAAAUAUCGCAGAUUAUUGAACCGAUACAAAGCAGAUGUGCGGUUUUGAAAUUUGAAAGAAUACCAUCCUCUGAAUUCAAGCACAGACUGAGAGAAAUAUGUGAUGCGGAAAAUAUUAAAAUCACAGACGAUGGUCUUGAUGCAGUGAUGAAUGUUAGCUAUGGGGAUAUUCGGGCUAGUCUUGGAUGCCUGCAAGGCAUCUCGUCUGUAAAAAGAGUGGUAGAUGAUGAUUUUAUUUACAAGCUGAACGGUAUUCCAAAUGUUAAAAUUCUUGAGAGCAUUAUCAGCUCAAUCGAGACGAAAGAAAUGGAAAAGGCACUUGAAACAUUUCACAGUCUCUGGAAUCUUAAGUUUGAAAGCACAGACAUUUUGGAUGGGCUAUUUAAAAUAGCCAAGAAUCAGGACAAUUUUGAAUUAUUGAAAAUCAUAGGAAAAUAUCAGCUUAGGAUUAAUGAAGGGGUGAACUCAAAGGUACAGUUUUAUUCGAUGUUUAAUGAAAUAAGCAAACUGUACUGA